GAGUUUCUUGCGUGUAAGUCGUCUUCACCGUCUCGAAGCGGAGAAUUGGAAAUUCAUUCACCUGAAAUUUUUACAAGUAACCAUAGUUACCAGCAUGCUUAUCUUCGCGUACCUGUCUCUGGCGGUUUCCAUGGCAACGGUGUCGGCCAGAGGCUCUGUGGUCAACGGUUGGGACCAGCCGUUUGACUUCAAGUGUCCGCCCGGUCACGCCAUCAGCUACAUCUCCAGCGAGCACAACAACUACUUCGAGGACCGGCAGUGGGAGUUCCAUUGCCGCUCUGUGUGGGAGACCAGUGCUUGUGAGCAAAGUGGGUAUGUGAACGAUUUCGACCAACCGAUAAACUACGUGUGUCCACAUAACAAGGUGAUGACUGGUGUCGCUAGUUACCAUAGCAACCAUCACGAAGACCGCCGGUUCAAAUUCCAGUGCUGCAGCGUCAACGGCAAAAGUCUGAACGGAUGUUACAAAACGGGUGAAGUCAACACCUGGGACGGGAAACUGACCCUUCUAGUCCCCGAGGGUAAGGUGGUAAAUGGGGCGUACAGCACCCACAACAAUUACUACGAGGACAGGAUUUGGAGAUUCAACAUUUGCAGCAUUUGAAACUUCGUUAAAAUAUAUAUUUUAAUUGCCUUCGAUAUAUUUCGAUCAACACUCCUUUUUCAAUAAAAUGUUGUAUCUCUUAUAUUUUAAUUGCCUUCGAUAUAUUUCGAUCAACACUCCUUUUUCAAUAAAAUGUUGUAUCUCUUAUAUUUUAAUUGUCUACGAUAUAUUUCGAUCAACACUCCUUUUUCAAUGCUAGUUGAUUAAAAAAAAAUUCUUUCGUUGUGAA